AUAAAUUUGAAUUCUUGGAAAGUUACAGCACCCUGUCGUUUCGUGGAAUUCCGAAAGUCGACGAAUUCGAUCGUUUCCUCUUGGUGGGCAUAACGGAACGUAGCUACGAACGGAACGCGAAUGCAUCAUCGAUCACACUUUCUAAACUAUUCAUAUAGUUCUUGCAUGUCAUAUUUAAAGAAUAUCAAAAAUUCUGGAUUAUAUAUUCAACGAUACUAACACCAAAAGUAAAAACGUGUCGUGUUGGUGUUGUCAAGGUCGCAGUAUUUCUAGGAUAAAAUCAAUAAACACCUAUAUAUGAAUUCUGAAGAAGGUGGUGGCAGCAGUUCUGCGCUCGGAGAGUUUAGUUUAUCCAUCGCGCCACGACGAGAGCUCGUCCUCGCGCCCCACAGAAAAUCGACCGUUCUUUCCUCCGAUUACGUUUUGCUGGUCCAUCGGAACGAUCGAAGUAACUCGAUCGUCUCUCGAUCGACGUUCGGUGUACGAGAGGUUUAACGACACCGGCUCGGCUCUUUCAACGAUUCGAUUAUAAAGUCACAAAAGGUGUUGAAAAAGAUAGAAUUAACGGAAGACGGAGUCGCGAAAAUAUUUCUUUUUUAUUUGUCAGCUCGACGAGCGAAAAAAGUUUGGCGGAAUCUUAUCAGCUGUAAAAGGAACGUUCUAAAAGGAAUAUCGGCGAGUCGGUGAACGAAUCUACGACGAUUUAUCAAGCUUAUCUUAUCGAGAGAAGACACACUUUCCUCUGGCACCUUGACUUUGCAUAUCUUUAAACCGUAUUCUAAUAUUCGAGCACACUCGUGUAAUACUUACACGGACGACGAUGACACAACGAGCGUAACGUCGUAAACGUAAGGAAGAAUCGCUCGUUCUAUACAUUUUGUCCUCAUUUUCGCCAGUGAAAACUCAACUCACCGUAUCGUUCGCGAGUACGACCAGUCCAUACCACCUAGAUUUAUACGGAAACAUACUCCUUAUUCUCGAUCGAAUACAGUGGAAUGUUUCGCACGAACGAUGAACACGUGCUUGACGUCAGAAAAGGAAGAUCACGUUGGCCGAUGAUCGAAUGCAAGCGUAGAUAAGGGCUGCUCUUUCCUCUUCUUUUUCUUACAAGGAAAAGAAAGAAAGGAAGAUAGGAUGGCAUCGACAAAGAACAAAGGACCAACAACGACGGAAUGGAACAUCGCUAGAACUGGGAUAUCUUUGUUGCUAAACAACAAAACGGAGGAAGCCGAGGCACUUUUCACUGGACACCCUCAUAGUUUCCACGUUAAAGCGGGUCGUUGCUUCGUUCUCUUCAUGAACGCGUUGAUGAGCUUCGAGGAUGAUAAACUUCAACAAGCCAUGCUAUUGUUGAGAGACAUGGAAAGGGAAUGCGCUAACGACAUUGGCUGGUUGAAAUCAAUGAAGAACAGGGUAUUUAGGGCGGAAGAGAGUUCCAAGGAAUAUGUCAACAAGCUGGAGAGGCAGAUAGUACUAGCGGAUUCGCAAGUUUGCUCAGCGAUAUUAACUCUUCUCCAACAAGAGCUCACCGGCUACGUUCGUGGCGGUUGGAUGCUGCGUAAAGCUUGGCGCGUUUAUCAGCACGCGUACGUGCAAAUAUUGCAGCUUUAUAGGCGUACCUUCGGCACCGUGCCAUCUGAUUUCGAGGUGAACUGUAGCGUGGCAGGGAGCAAUGGUUCUUGUUAUUCGCUCCAAAGUCCGCAUAGUCCAGGCUCCUCGGAAUGGUCGAUUCCGUCCUACAACGGUUCGCCCGCCAACUCAACGCCAAUCACCUCGCCAUCAGGUCUGCGAAGCUCCCUAUCAAUGUUCUUCUCGAUCACUGGCAUCACGUCCGAACAACAGACACCCUUUGUCGAACCGACCGAAGUGGCCCGAUUGAUGUCGGCCGUGAGCUUUGGCUAUGGGAUUUAUCAACUUUGCGUGAGUCUGUUGCCGCCUUCGUUGUUAAAACUCAUUCACUUUCUGGGCUUCGAGGGUGAUCGACGUGCCGGACUGACGGCCCUCAUGUACGCUCGGGUCAGCGAGGAUAUGCGUGCUCCAUUGGCGACAUUGUCGCUACUCUGGUAUCACACGAUAGUGCGACCGUUCUUCGCUCUCGACGGUUCCAACGUGAAGGCCGGUGUGAACGCAGCGAAACAAUUGAUCGAGGAGUGUCGCACGGAAUUUCAAAAUUCCGCUCUUUUUCUCUUCUUCGCGGGCCGAGUGGAACGCCUCGAGUCGAACGUUAACGCCGCCCUCGAAGCUUACGACAAAGCCGUGGAUGCGUCCAGCCAAAGAGAAGUGAGAUUGUUGUGUCUACACGAGGUCGCCUGGUGUCAUCUGAUUCGUUUGAGUUACGAGGAAGCUUAUCGAUCUUUGACACAGUUGCAGCAACAGUCGAGAUGGUCGAAAAGUUUCUACGCGUAUUUGGCGGCAGUCUGUUGCGGAUCGAACGGCAAGUUCGAAGAAUUGAUGACGAUGUAUCGAAAGAUCGUUCAGUUCGUCGCUGGCACGACGAAGGAAACGCAACUCGGUCUUUUCAUCUUACGAAGAGCACCGAAACUGGUCGAUCAGGAUACGGGCCGAGCUUACACGAUCUUGUAUUACAAAUUACUCGUCUACGAGCUGUUGUAUCUUUGGAACGCCAUGCCGUCGUGUUCCAUCGAGGCACUCCGACGGAUUUUGUUGGAUUGCAAGGGUAACCGUUCGGAAGAGCCGAUGAUAGGAUUGAUGAGCGUUCGAAACGCUUAUUGUUGCGUCAACGGAGGAAAUUGUCAAGCCAAUGUCGCGAAUCCCUGCCUACGUCCUUCCUGGUACCACAAAUUCAUAAAACCGCUUGCCUUUUGUAUCAUAACCUCGCUCUUAGCUAUGUCGGUGUCUCACAUCUGCGAUAAGUAUUCCGCCAGUUCGUCCUUCAAAGUCGUCAAGGCUGAUUUGGGAAAUUUGCGAAGACAUCUGAACACUCUUUCGAUGGAAGUGAAGAACGUCCUAGAGACUCGCGACAAUUUGCAAAACAAGCUGAAAGAGGUCGGGUUCGCGAUACCAAAGAUAUCGGAAGCUAUUCUUAAAUUGAGAGACGAGGUGACCGAGGGUAAGAAAGGGAUCGGAAUACAUACGGAGAAUAUGAUUAAGAUUUUAUCGCCGGAGAGCGUGAGAAAGAUGGUGAGGAGCGAGUUGCAAAUCUACGACGCGGAUAAGACAGGAAUGACCGAUUAUGCGCUGGAAACUUCAGGUGGUGCUAUACUUUCGACGAGAAAUACCGAGGACUAUACCGCGGGUUCUCCGGGUUUGACUCUUUUUGGUAUUCCCAUUUGUAUUCAACAAAACACUCCACGAGCUGUGAUACAGACAGGUGUCCUUCCUGGAGAAUGCUGGGCUUUCAAGGGUUCCAGUGGCACCGUCGUUAUACAACUACUAGGAUCAGUGUACAUAUCCGGUAUUAGCCUCGAGCACAUUUCCCCUUCUAUAUCACCAACCGGCGAGACCAUGGCUGCUCCCAAGGAAUUUUCUCUUUGGGGCUUGGAAUGCGUCGAAGAUACGGAAAGUUUCUUUUUCGGCGAAUUUGUCUACGACAAUACCGGUCCUUCGAUACAGUACUUUGAAGUUCAACAUAAUGGGAAGAAAGCAUACGAGAUCGUAGAGGUGAAGAUACAUUCGAAUAGUGGUCAUCGCGAUUACACCUGCGUUUAUAGGAUACGAAUUCACGGUACUCUUAGGCAAUAAAAAAGAAAUAUUCUACGCGAAUAAAGGGGAAUCUCCGUUUCUUAACACUUAAUACUUGUAUACAAAAAGAGAUUAAUUUUGCUAAGAAUAUAAAAUGGAAAAAUACGAAAUGAAUUGAUUCAACGUAAUCG